AUGGUGAUAACCGGGCUUAUUCUCGGGUCGCUGUUUCUUAAAUCCGGCUACGACGCGGAAGGCAUCACGAACCGCGCGUCGUUCUUCGCGUUCGCGCUUGCGCUCCUCUUGUUUACGUCAACCGAGGGCCUUCCGAUCUUCCUCGACGAACGGCAGAUCUACAUCCGCGAGACGUCGCGCGGCGCGUACUGCACCGGGUCGUACGUGCUCGCGGGAGCGCUGGUCUUCCUGCCGUUCCUCUUCCUCCUCUUGCUGCUCUUCUCGUGCGUCGCGUAUUUCAUGGUCGGGCUCGCGGCGACGGCGACCGCGUUUUUUCGGUUCGUCGCGACGGUGUUUCUCACGCUCGCGGUGGGGAAUUCGUUUGUCGUGUUCUUCGCGGCGUUCGUGCCGAAUUACAUCACCGGGAAUACCGUGGUCACGGCGAUCACGGCGUUCUUCUUCCUCUUUAGUGGCUUCUUCAUUUCCAAGAACAACAUUCCACCGUACUGGAUCUGGAUGAACUACCUCUCCACCUUCAAGUACCCCUUGGAAAUGCUCACUCUCAAUGAGUACGGCUCUCUCCCGUCCGUUUGCUGGGAACACCUCGUUAAGAUCGACCCCACCUCGCCCUGUAUAGUCUCCUCCGACAACGUUAUUGCGCGAUUCGAUAUGGCGGAUAGCAAGUUCUGGGAGUCUGCAGUGGUGAUGGUGUCGUUCUUUAUCGGGUACAGGAUCUUGUUCUAUUUUUCCCUAAGGUACCAGAGCGCCCUCGUCCGCAAGUGA